CGGCAUCGACUUCGCAGACCGCUCGGGCGGCGGGUCCGAAGCCGGCGUGUUCGGAGGCUGGACCGGCACCCGGAGGGGUGGCAGCAGCGCAGUGCCUCCACCCGCAGCUCCCGCCUCAAGCCGCCCACCAGCCCCCCCUUCCCUCUGGCCGGAGCGUGAGUUGAGCCGCCGGCCUGUGCCUCGCCAAGCUGCCAGCGCCACCGGGAAGAUGGUCGUGGCGCUGUGGUACGUGUGGCCUCUCCUCUUCUGUAGCCCCUGCCUGCUCAUCCAGAUCCCCGACGAAUAUGAAGGACACCAUGUGAUGGAGCCUCCUGUCAUCACCGAACAGUCUCCACGGCGCCUUGUUGUCUUCCCCACAGAUGACAUCAGCCUCAAGUGUGAGGCCAGAGGCAAACCUGAAGUGGAGUUCCGCUGGACAAAGGAUGGAGUCCACUUCAAGCCUAAGGAGGAACUGGGUGUGACUGUACAUGAGGCACCCUACUCUGGCUCCUUCACCAUCGCGGGCAACAACAGCUUUGCCCAGAGAUUCCAGGGCGUCUAUCGCUGCUUUGCCAGCAAUAAGCUGGGCACUGCUAUGUCCCAUGAGAUCCAGCUCAUGGCUGAGGGUGCCCCCAAGUGGCCAAAGGAGACAGUGAAGCCCGUGGAGGUGGAGGAAGGGGAGUCAGUUGUUCUGCCCUGCAAUCCCCCACCCAGUGCAGCGCCACUGCGGAUCUACUGGAUGAACAGCAAAAUCUUGCACAUCAAACAGGAUGAACGAGUGACCAUGGGCCAGAAUGGCAACCUCUACUUUGCCAAUGUGCUCACCUCAGACAACCACUCAGACUACAUCUGCAACGCCCACUUCCCGGGUACCCGAACCAUCAUUCAAAAGGAGCCCAUUGACCUCCGGGUCAAGGCCACCAACAGCAUGAUUGAUAGGAAGCCACGCCUCCUUUUUCCCACCAACUCCAGCAGCCACCUGGUGGCCUUGCAGGGGCAGCCCUUGGUCCUGGAGUGCAUCGCUGAGGGCUUCCCCACACCUUCCAUCAAGUGGCUACGCCCUAGUAGCCCCAUGCCAGCAGACCGUGUCAGCUACCAGAACCACAACAAGACCCUGCAACUGCUGAAUGUGGGCGAGGAAGAUGACGGCGAGUAUCGCUGCUUGGCUGAGAAUUCUCUAGGAAGUGCCCGGCACGCCUACUAUGUCACCGUGGAGGCUGCUCCAUACUGGCUGCAUAAGCCCCAGAGCCGUCUAUACGGGCCAGGAGAGACUGCCCGCCUAGACUGCCAAGUCCAGGGCAGGCCUCAACCAGAGGUCACUUGGAGAAUCAAUGGAAUCCCUAUAGAAGAGUUGGCCAUGGACCAGAAAUACCGGAUUGAGCAGGGUGCCCUGAUCCUGAGCAACGUGCAGCCCAGUGACACAAUGGUGACCCAGUGUGAGGCCCGCAACCGGCAUGGGCUCCUCCAAACCAAUGCCUACAUCUAUGUUGUCCAGCUGCCAGUCAAGAUCCUGACAGGAGACAAUCAGACAUACAUGGCGGUGGAGGGCAGCACUGCAUACCUGCUGUGCAAGGCCUUUGGAGCUCCUGUGCCCAGUAUCCAGUGGCUGGAUGAGGAAGGCACGACCGUGCUUCAGGAUGAACGCUUCUUCCCUUAUGCCAAUGGGACCCUGGGCAUCCGAGACCUCCAGGCCAAUGACACUGGACGCUACUUCUGCCAGGCUGCCAAUGACCAAAACAAUGUGACCAUUGUGGCUAACCUGCAGGUUAAAGAAGCAACGCAGAUCACGCAAGGGCCCCGGAGUGCAAUUGAGAAGAAAGGCUCAAGGGUGACAUUCACAUGCCAGGCUACCUUUGACCCCUCCUUACAGCCCAGCAUCACCUGGCGAGGGGAUGGGCGAGACCUUCAGGAACUUGGGGACAGUGACAAGUACUUCAUAGAUGAUAGGCGCCUGAUCAUCCACAGCCUGGACUACAGUGACCAGGGCAACUAUAGCUGUGUGGCAAGCACAGAGCUGGAUGAGGUGGAGAGCAGGGCACAGCUCUUGGUGGUCGGGAGCCCUGGGCCUGUGCCUCAUCUGGAGCUGUCUGAUCGUCACUUGCUGAAGCAGAGCCAGGUGCACCUAUCUUGGAGCCCCGCAGAAGACCACAAUGCCCCCAUUGAGAAGUAUGACAUUGAAUUUGAGGACAAGGAAAUGGCACCUGAGAAAUGGUAUAGUCUGGGUAAGGUGCCAGGAAACCAGACCUCUACUACCCUCAAGCUAUCGCCCUACGUCCACUACACCUUUAGGGUAACUGCCAUCAAUAAAUAUGGCCCUGGAGAACCCAGCCCAACUUCUGAGACUGUGGUCACACCUGAGGCAGCCCCAGAGAAGAACCCUGUGGAUGUGAAAGGGGAAGGAAACGAGACCAACAACAUGGUUAUCACAUGGAAGCCACUCCGAUGGAUGGACUGGAACGCCCCUCAGGUCCAGUACCGUGUGCAAUGGCGUCCUCAGGACACACGGGGGAUCUGGCAGGAGCAGACCGUGAGCGACCCCUUCUUGGUGGUGUCCAACACAUCCACCUUUGUGCCCUAUGAGAUCAAAGUCCAGGCCGUCAACAGCCAGGGCAAGGGCCCUGAACCCCAGGUCACCAUUGGCUAUUCCGGGGAGGACUACCCCCAGGUAAGCCCUGAGCUGGAAGGCAUCAAGAUCCUCAACUCAAGCACUGUGCUGGUCAGAUGGUGGCCUGUGGACUUGGCCCAGGUCAAGGGUCACCUCCGGGGAUACAAUGUGACAUACUGGUGGGAGGGCAGCCAGAGGAAACACAGCAAGAGGCAUGUCCACAAAAGCCAUGUGGUAGUACCCGCUAACACCACCAGUGCCAUCCUCAGUGGCCUGAGGCCCUACAGCUCCUACCAUCUAGAGGUGCAGGCCUUUAACGGGAGGGGAUUGGGGCCUGCCAGUGAGAUGACCUUCAGUACCCCAGAGGGAGUACCUGGCCACCCUGAGGCAUUGAACCUGGAGUGCCAGUCAGACACCAGCCUGCUGCUGCACUGGCAACCCCCGCUCAGCCACAAUGGCGUGCUCACUGGCUAUGUGCUCUCGUACCACCCCCUGAAUGCAGGAGACAAGGAGCAGCUGUCCUUUGACCUUCCGGACCCUGAGCUUCGGACACACAACCUGACCAACCUCAGCCCCGGCCUGCGGUACCACUUCCAGCUUCAGGCAACCACGAAGGAAGGCCCUGGCGAGGCCAUCGAGCGGGAAGGAGGCACCAUGACCUUGUCUGGGGUACCAGAUUUUGGUAACAUCUCGGCCACAGCAGGUGAAAACUACAGUGUCAUCUCCUGGGUUCCCAAAGAAGGCCAGUGCAACUUCAGAUUCCACAUCCAGUUCAAAGCAUUGAGAGAAGGAAAGGCUAUCAUUGAUCCCCCACGGCAAUAUGUCAGCUACAACCAGAGCUCCUACACUCAGUGGGACUUGCAGCCUGACACCAAGUAUGAGAUCCACCUGCUGAAGGAGGAGGUGCUCCUGCGCCAGAUGGCUGUGAAGACCAAUGGCACCAACCCCGUGAGAUUCUCCUCCAAUAACUUUGCCAUGGAGGGCUGGUUCAUCGGCUUCGUCUGUGCCAUCAUCCUCCUGCUCCUCAUUUUGCUCAUCCUCUGUUUCAUCAAGCGCAGCAAGGGCGGCAAAUACUCAGUAAAGGACAAGGAGGACACCCAGGUGGACUCUGAGGCCCGGCCGAUGAAAGAUGAGACCUUUGGCGAAUACAGGUCCCUGGAGAGUGACAAUGAGGAGAAGGCUUUUGGCAGCAGCCAGCCCUCUCUCAACGGAGACAUCAAGCCCCUGGGCAGUGACGACAGCCUGGCUGAUUAUGGGGGCAGUGUGGACGUCCAGUUCAAUGAGGAUGGCUCCUUCAUUGGCCAGUACAGUGGCAAGAAAGAGAAGGAAGCAGCAGGAGGCAAUGACAGCUCAGGGGCCACCUCCCCCAUCAACCCUGCUGUGGCCCUAGAAUAGUGAGGCAAGGUGGGCCAGAGGUGCAGGAAAGCCAGUGGCCAAGACACCCAGCCCAAUACCUGUGCUGUGCCACUGACAUUGGGAUCGAGGCCCCUUCCUUUCUAUAGGCCCGUGGGAAGCUUGAGUUGGGGUUGAGGAACUCGCUGCCUCUAAUCCCCUUCUUACCACCUGGUCCCCACUUUAUUGCCAAAACUCAGCUGCACCCCUUCCUGGACACACGCUGCUUUGCUCCAGCUUGGGGGCAGAUCACCCACAUGUCAGGGACCUUUGGGUGCUCCCCUGCCAGCCUGUUUGGGCAGAGAGGCCAUGGUUUUUGGGAGAGGAAGAAGGGGUGGCCUUGGAAAGGUCUCUGAGAAGCCAUCCUUGUUGCUCCCUGAUUGGGGGCAGGUGUGGUGGGGACUUCUCUAGAGCAGGGUUGGCACCUCCCCCUCCUCCAGCCAUUCCCUGGCCACUUGACUGGGGACAGAACUCGGUGUCCCCACCAUCUGUUCCCUUUUCUUUGCCAUCUUUGCUCCAACUGGGACAGGAACUGGGCAAGCUGGCCAUGGGUGCAGGGGAGGCCAUCUGGAGAGCCCGGAGUCCCCGCCCCCCAAUAGCACACUGGGUCCACAUGCCCUCCUCCUGCCAUGGCCGGCUUUCAGGAGCUCCAUACACAUGCUGCCUUCGGUACCCACCAGACAACAUCCAAGUGGCCUCUGUCACUGCCGGGGCGGGCACACCUCCUCCCACUGCCCACCGGCCCAGCUUCUACCCCUAGCAGCCCUGCCCACCCCCAGUUCUCUUCCUCAGCCUCCUCCCACCCUCCACCUUGGGAAUGUACAUACACCGUGACUUUGAAAGUUUGUACCCUUGCCCUCUCCCCAUAUGCCACUAGUGUGUAGGCAGAUGUCUGAGUCUCUAGGUGGUUUCUAGGUUUUAUAGCAAUUAGCUUUGAUGAUCCCACCCCAGAAAAAAUAAAAACAGACAAAAAAGAAAAAAAAAAAGGAAAGAUUGGUUCUCCUAGCACUGCUGUGCCCCUGCCCAGCAGCUACAGCCUCCCUGUAUGCCUUGCUUGGUCUGUUGAUGAGCCCUCUUCAAAAAAACAAAGUAUAUAUAUAUAUGUACAUAAACAUCAGAAUUAUAACAGGCAAAUAAAACCUGGAAAUGCAGAGAA